CAAAGGAGUUGAGGACCAAUGAUGGAGCUGGACGUGAAGUAGAGUUUACAACGUUGUUCCUAUUGGUGGAAAGGAAUGCUUCCCGCGUUUUUCCCAGAUUUUGCGGCGCCUUGAAUCACUGUCAGAGCCGCCACCUUGGUGUUGGUCCUUGCUGCUUGUCUCUACUGCUUAACUGCCCUACUAACGUCUUACAAUGGUUCAAAAUAUUCACAAGAUGUGGUCCAAGAUGUAUGUUCUUAAAAGAGGUGGCCGGCAAGAGCCUGUUAUGUUUGACAAGAUAACAUCACGCAUCCAGAAACUUUGCUAUGGUCUCAACAUGGAUUUCAUUGAUCCGCCUGCAAUUACCCUGAAGGUGAUUAAUGGACUUUACUCUGUGACAACAGUGGAGUUGGACAACCUGGCUGCAGAAACUGCAGCAACAAUGACCACAAAACACCCUGACUAUGCUGUGUUGGCAGCAAGGAUUGCAGUGUCAAAUCUUCACAAGGAAACGAAGAAAUCUUUUAGUGAGGUGAUGGAUGAUCUGUACAACAUCAAGGACAAGAAAACAGGAAUGAGGAUGCCAAUGAUUAGUGACAAAUAUUUCAAGAUAAUUAUGGACAAUGCAGAUAAACUGAACUCUGCCAUCAUCUAUGAUAGAGACUUUUCAUACAAUUACUUUGGCUUUAAGACAUUGGAGCGCUCAUAUUUGCUGAAAAUUGAUGGGAAAGUAGCAGAGCGUCCACAACAAAUGCUGAUGAGGGUAGCAGUUGGCAUCCAUGGGGAAGAUAUUGAUGCAGUAAUUGAAACUUACAACUUGUUAUCUGAGAAAUGGUUUACUCAUGCCUCUCCCACCCUCUUUAAUGCUGCAACAUGUCGGCCACAACUAUCCAGCUGCUUCUUGCUAACCAUGAAGGAUGACAGCAUCGAGGGCAUUUAUGACACUUUGAAGCAGUGUGCACUCAUUUCAAAAUCUGCUGGAGGCAUUGGUCUAAAUGUGCAUUGUAUUAGAUCAACGGGCAGCUAUAUUGCUGGGACUAAUGGUACCUCGAAUGGCCUGGUGCCCAUGCUCAGAGUAUACAACAAUACAGCACGCUAUGUUGACCAGGGCGGUAACAAGAGGCCAGGUGCAUUUGCUAUAUACUUGGAGCCCUGGCACCCAGAUAUCUUUGAUUUCCUUGACUUGCGCAAGAAUACUGGCAAAGAUGAACAAAGGGCACGUGAUCUGUUCUAUGCCUUGUGGAUCCCAGAUCUUUUCAUGAAACGUGUGGAGGAGAAUGGAAACUGGAGCCUGAUGUGUCCUCAUGAAUGUCCUGGAUUGCAUGAUACUUGGGGUGAAGAGUUUGAAAAACUGUACACAAAGUAUGAAAGUGAAGGUCGGUUCCGUCGUCAAGUGAAGGCCCAGCAACUGUGGUAUGCUGUAAUUGAAUCACAGGUGGAAACUGGAACUCCUUACAUGCUGUAUAAGGAUGCUUGCAACAGAAAGAGCAAUCAACAGAACCUUGGCACAAUAAAGUGCUCAAAUCUUUGCACAGAGAUUGUUGAGUAUUCGUCACCAGAUGAAAUUGCAGUAUGCAACUUGGCUUCUAUUGCUCUAAAUAUGUAUGUCAACCCAGAUAGAACUUACAACUUUGCAAAGCUGAAGGAAGUCUCAAAGGUUGUCACCAGAAAUUUGAAUAAGAUUAUCGAUGUGAACUUCUACCCUGUGGAAGAGGCACGAAUCUCAAAUAACCGUCAUCGCCCCAUUGGCAUUGGUGUUCAAGGUCUUGCUGAUGCUUUCAUCCUUAUGAGAUAUCCAUUUGAUUCUGAAGAAGCAAAGUUGCUGAACAAACAAAUAUUUGAAACUAUUUACUAUGCAGCCAUGGAGGCAAGCUGUGAACUUGCUGAGAAGGAAGGCCCUUACGAAACUUACAGUGGAUCCCCUGUCAGUAAAGGAAUUUUCCAUAAUGAUAUGUGGAAUGUGACUCCUACCCUUUUGACUGACUGGCAGGUCAGUAGAAAGUGUAUUCCAUUUCACUUUUUUUUUUUUUUUUUUAAACCACUGACUGUUUCCUCACCCAGGUAGGGUGCCCAUUAUAUUAUCUUCAUGGGUCAUCAUUAUAGUGCUUUUGAUUUUAGUUCAUAUCCUAACAUUUUGUUUAUUUUGGGGGAACAGAUAGUCAACCACCAUCUGUUGCGUGACUUGACUGAACUUGGAUUGUGGGACGAUCACACUAAAAAUGAGAUAAUUGCAAAUAAUGGUUCUAUUCAGACUAUUGACAAAAUUCCUGCAGAUCUUAAGGCGCUCUACAAGACAGUCUGGGAGAUCUCUCAGAAAGUAGUUAUUCAGAUGGCAGCAGAUCGUGGAGCCUUCAUUGACCAGAGUCAGUCACUGAAUAUACACAUUGCAGAACCAAAUUAUGGCAAACUGACAUCUAUGCACUUUUAUGCAUGGAAAUUAGGCUUGAAGACAGGGAUGUAUUACCUGCGUACUAAACCUGCUGCUAAUGCUAUUCAGUUUACUGUUGAUAAAUCCAAGCUGAAGUCUUCUACUGCUGUCAGCAAUGAAGUCAAUGGAUCAACAAAUGGAACCAAAAGUGAAGGCUUACAGAACAUGGCAGCCAUGGUGUGUUCUCUUGAAAAUAAGGAUGAGUGUCUCAUGUGUGGCUCAUAAGUGUUCGAUAAUCUAGUCCAAGGUGUGCAAAGAUAGACUCUUCGGUUGGAGUCUCCAGUAGAAAUCCAUCAGUUAGCUUCUCUCGGCCCUAAAAAAAAACAAAACAAAAAAAAUUAACAAGCUUUAGAUGAAAUGCAUGGUUGUAUACAUGUAAUAAAUAUACUUGGGCAAAAUUAGACUGCUCAUUUAUGAAAUGUAUAUUGUUGUACAAGCUAAUGCUCUGUAUCUACACAUACAUGGAAAAAAGUUUCUUUGUAAACACAGCUGAGGUAUAUACCCUGUACCCCCUGCCCAUCAAGGGUGGAGAAAGGUCUUUAAUGCUAAGUGACCCUUGUCAGUUUAGUUUUGGUUUUAAGAAUUUACCCCUCAGGGAAGGUUCCUUGAUGGUGAGGGGCUCUUGAUUUAGGGAAUUGGAUCUGUGCUCCAGUUCCCCGAAUUAAGCCUGAAUGCCUUCCACAUCCCUCCCAGGUGCUGUAUAAUCCUAUGGGUUUAGCGCUUCCCCUUGAUUAUAAUAAUAAUAAUUCAAGAAUUUAAGCUAGCGAGGGGCCUUUAAAACAAAAAAUUGUGCCUAGCUUACCUUUCCUUGGAUGAAACCUGACUGCCUCAUUCCCCCUAUGCACUAUGAUUCUU